GAGCAGCGCUGAAAAGGGCGCCAUGUUGGCUCUUUAGAGUAUCGAUUUCUACCUGCUGCUUUGUUUGUAGACUCCAGAAUGAAGGGUGCAGGGUUGCAGUUGCGUGCCACUCCCAUGAGGCGUGGUCGAGGUGGGCGAGAGGAGGUUGUGUGUUAGUGUUUGGUUCAGGAGGCUUUUUUCGCAGGGCGUUAUGGCGAGUUGGGGUCACUCUGCGACAGGAGCGGAAGGUGGUUCCGAUGACGAGCAGUCGAGUUCCGAGGAAGGAGAAUAUCUAGUGCAGGCGGCACAGUCGGCUCCGACAUUCCAGCUUUCGGGACUCGGAGAGGACAUGAGACUGAGUUGUGGACGGUCGGAUGCCGCUGUAAGUUACCUGCAUCUGCUCUGGGAUCCAAAUCGAGCAGGAGCGGACUCGGCACCCGCGUCCUCUGCACGGGGAGAGCAAAAACGCCUGGGCAAGAUCAGUGUGACGCGGGUCAAAAGGCAUGUUAAAGCGCAUCGGACUUGGGGACCCAUAGGGAAAGACGUACACGCUGGGAAAAGGCUACGUGAAGCUGCUAAUUCAAAUGAUAUUGAUACUGUUCAGAAGCUUUUAGAUGAGGAGACUGAUCCCUGUGCUGCUGAUGACAAAGGACGGACAGCAUUACAUUUUGCUUCCUGUAAUGGUAAUGAACAAAUAGUCCAACUCCUGUUGGCUCAUGGUGCAGACCCCAACCAAAGGGAUGGACUUGGAAACACUCCACUACACUUAGCUGCCUGCACUAACCACAUUCUUGUCAUCACAACUCUGCUCAGAGGAGGUGCUCGUGUGGAUGCUUUGGACCGUGCAGGAAGAACACCACUUCAUUUGGCCAAGUCCAAACUAAACAUACUGCAAGAAGGCCACUCUAGAAGCUUAGAAGCACUACGAAAAGAAGUCAAACAAAUAAUACAAAUGUUGCGUGAGUAUCUAAACAAGCUAGGCCACCAUGAGGGCAAGGAACAACUUGAUCACCUCUGCACACAGCUUCAGAUGACCAGCACUAAAGAGCAGGUAGAUGAGGUGACUGAUCUUCUUGCCAGUUUCACAUCACUCAGUCUACAGAUGCACAGUUUUGGGGAGAGGUAAAAAAAACAACAAAGAGCUGAUUGAAAGACUUAAUGCAGCAUGAGCUGUUUGACAAAUCCUUGGUUUUUUUUUUUUUUUUUUUAUCAUUGACCAACCUUCAACCAGUUUGUAAAUAAUUUUUAGUGUUGACGUGAAAUCUUUUGUCCAGUUGUUUAUGAAUUUUGGUAGACAGACUUAACUGACAAGAAGGAAUAUGUUCUGCCAGGUUUUUUUUUCCCAAUAAGGUGUCUACAGUCCAGAACCAAAGUGUCCAUAUGUGUUUCAUGAACUAUUUAAAAAUCCAACUGGGGAUGUAUACACUAGCUUCUCUAUAUGAUAUGCUGUUAGUUGAUCAUAUAAGUGACAGAGUGACUGAUGAAUGUUACAAACAGACUGAAGAUUUAGAUGCUCAAUGUCAAAAUGUUCAAAAUGAUCAUAGCAUAUAUUGUGCACAAAUUGUCCACAGCCAAUAGAAGCUGGAGUGAUACAGAAAAAGCAGAUUUUUGUUUAUUGCUUCCAUAAUGUUUUAUACUAUUUAUGGAUUAUUUUUUUUAACAGCAGAAUAUUCAUCAAUGGUUUUAAUUAGUGUGCAAACUCUUUUAUUGUGAAUAGUUACCUUUGUAUAUGUUGUAACUGUUUUUAGUCCUGUCAUGCAAACAAAAAUGUCUUUUUUUUUUUUUUUUAAUAUAUAAAUAUUACAUCACAAAAAUAGUUUUAUUGCCCAUGUCAAUGUUGCAGACUUCAGUAAAUGUAGUUUGUUGUAAAGGUUAAAGUAAAAAAUGCAGGUAGCCUAUUGGAGCUUGAAUAAAUGAGCAGAAAAUCGCCAAUAUUGUAAUUCACAAUAUGUAUACAAUGUCAUAAUUUUCAUCCCAAUUAAUAUAAAAAGAGCUAUUUCGUUUGUCAAAUUGGGAGAUUUUUGUGUUUUUAAAA